CCCUCUCUCUUGCCUCUUGUCUCUUGCAGCAUUUGAACUUGAACCGGCCUUCCAUUUGACUCGUCCCCACUAUUCCCACCAUUUUUUAAACCCAAAGCUUAAACCAGCCUUUAAAGUCGCCCCUCCCCCACCCAUUACUCCGUUCAAUUUACGCUCAUUCAGAUUCUCUCUUCUCAACUGAUCUCUUCCAAAGUUCUGCCUAAUGAACGACCUGUUCUCCGGCUCCUUCUCCCGCUUCCGCGGUGAACAGGUCUCGCCGGACAACCAGCACCACGUCAUCCAGAUGACGGACACAUCGCCGUCGAGGGACGGAGUCAACCUCGACAAAUUCUUCUCGGAAGUGGAGUCCGUCAAGGAGGAGCUCAAGGAGUUGGAGAGGCUCAACCAGAGCCUCCGUGGAUCCCACGAACAGAGCAAGACCCUCCACACAGCCGACACCGUCAAGGAGCUUCGGUCUCGCAUGGACACCGACGUGGCCCUCGCUCUCAAGAAAGCUAAGGUCAUCAAGGUCCGCCUGGAAGCACUGGACCGCUCCAACGAAGCCAACCGGAUCUUGCCGGGCUGCGGACCCGGCUCUUCGUCCGACCGGACUCGGACAUCCGUCGUGAGCGGGCUGAGAAAAAAGCUGAAAGACUCCAUGGACAGCUUCAACAACCUGAGAGAAAAGAUAUCGUCGGAGUACAGGGAAACCGUGCAGCGUAGGUACUUCACAGUCACCGGCGAGAAUCCCGACGACAGAACCAUCGACCUGCUCAUCUCGACUGGUGAGAGCGAAACAUUCUUGAAGAAGGCGAUACAAGAGCAGGGGAGGGCGAGCAUAGUGGAGACGAUAAAGGAGAUUCAAGAGAGGAAUGACGCGGUGAGGGAGAUAGAAAGGAACCUGAAGGAACUGCACCAAGUGUUCAUGGACAUGGCGGUGUUGGUGCAGUCGCAAGGGGAACAAUUGGAAGAUAUAGAGAGCCACAUGGCUCGAGCUAAUUCCUUCGUGAGGAGUGGAGUUCGCCAGCUCCAUGUUGCUAAGCAGCACCAGAAAAAGUCCCGCAAAUGGACUUGUUUUGCCAUCUUACUGCUCCUCAUUAUCGUCUUAAUUAUACUUCUCCCCAUUCUUCUCAGAAACUGACGCCGCCUUCACCUUCGCAAGUAUAUCAAGAGAUUAGAGAGACUCUGUUCUGGUCGUGUGCAUAUUUUGGUUUUAUCCAACUGUCGUCAUUAUGGUGAUUUUGCUC